AUGUCGAGUAGUGAGAAGCUAGCAAUGUUCUUAAACAUCUUGGCUCAUCAUGAGAAGAAUAGAUCUAUCAAGAUUGAUUAUAUUCGAUCUGGAUGGAGCGGUUGUUUAGGUGCACUAGAUGGUACUUACAUUCACAUUAGAGUCCCAUCUGAGUACAAACCAAGAUACAGGACAUGGAAGGGAGAUAUAGCAACUAAUGUAUUGGGAGUUUGUAAUAGAAAUCUCAACUUUACUUAUGUUUUACCUGGUUGGGAAGGAUCCGCUGCUGAUGGUCGUGUAUUACAAGAUGCAAUAGUGCGACAUAAUGGUUUGAAAAUUCCGCAGGGUAACUAUUAUUUGUGCGAUGGAGGAUAUAGAAAUGGAAAAGGUUUUCUUUCGCCUUACAGAGGGUAUAGAUAUUGGUUAAGGGAUUGGCAAGGUGAUAAUCCACCACCUCGAUGUCGUGAAGAACUUUUUAAUAUGAAGCAUGCUAGGGCUCGUAAUGUUAUUGAAGGAGCAUUUAGUUUAUUGAAAGGGCAUUGGGGAAUUCUUAGAAGCUCUUCAUGGUACUCAGUUAAAGUUCAUAACAGGAUCAUAAGUGCUUGUUGUUUGAUUCACAACUUUAUCCGUAGAGAAAUGGAAGUGGAUCCUUUAGACAUGAAUAUGGAAGAACAAAUGGAGGAUCAACAAGAAAACAUUAAUGUUGUUGAAUCAUCUGAAGAGUGGACCAAUUGGAGGGAUGAGUUGGCGCAAUCAAUGUGGAAUGCAAGAUCUAAUUAG